AGCAUGGUCCAGGCCCGGCCGAGCGGGGGGACCCGGCGGGUACGCCCCGCCGCCUUAGUAAGCGCCCGGGCGGCGCGGCCCGUGGCCGAACCUGCACACCAAGCCCGAGAAGGACCGGGACAAGGUGUCUGAGAUGCCGCUGCCGCAGAAGAAGCGCUGGGAGUCCAUGGCCAAGGGGCUGGUGCUGGGGGCACUCUUCACCAGCUUCCUGCUGCUGCUGUACUCCUAUGCCGUCCCCCCACUGUACACUGGGCUGGCUUCCACCAGGACCUCCGAGGGCGCGGCACCCUGCUCCCCCGCCCCGAGUGAGCCAGAGGCUCCCACCCCGGCCAACAGCUCGGCGGGAGGCUGCCAGCCGCGGCGGGACAUCGUGUUCAUGAAGACGCACAAGACGGCCAGCAGCACGCUGCUCAACAUCCUGUUCCGCUUCGGCCAGAAGCACGGGCUCAAAUUCGCCUUCCCCAACGGCCGCAACGACUUCGACUACCCCGCCUUCUUCGCGCGCAGCCUGGUGCAGGACUACCGGCCCGGGGCCUGCUUCAACAUCAUCUGCAACCACAUGCGCUUCCACUACGACGAGGUGCGCGGCCUGGUGGCGCCCAAUGCCACCUUCAUCACCGUGCUCCGCGACCCCGCCCGCCUCUUCGAGUCCUCCUUCCACUACUUCGGCUCCGUGGUGCCCUUCACGUGGAAGCUCUCGGGCCGCGACAAGCUGGCCGAGUUCCUGCAGGACCCCGACCGCUACUACGACCCCCGCGGCUACAACGCCCACUACCUCCGCAACCUGCUCUUCUUCGACCUGGGCUACGACAGCGACCUGGACCCCGGCAGCCCGCAGGUGCAGGAGCACAUCCUGGAGGUGGAGCGCCGCUUCCACCUGGUGCUGCUGCAGGAGUACUUCGACGAGUCGCUCGUGCUGCUCAAGGACCUGCUGUGCUGGGAGCUGGAGGACGUGCUGUACUUCAAGCUCAACGCCCGCCGCGCCUCGGCCGUGCCGCGCCUCUCGGGCGAGCUGUACCGGCGCGCCACGGCCUGGAACGUACUGGACGCGCGCCUCUACCGCCACUUCAACGCCAGCUUCUGGCGCAAGGUGGAGGCCUUCGGGCGCGAGCGCAUGGCCCGCGAGGUGGCCGCCCUGCGGCGUGCCAACGAGCGCAUGCGCCGCAUCUGCAUCGACGGCGGCCGCGCGGUGGACGCGGCGGCCAUCCAGGACUCGGCCAUGCAGCCCUGGCAGCCGCUGGGCGCCAAGUCCAUCCUGGGCUACAACCUCAAGAAGAGCAUCGGGCAGCAGCAUGCGCAGCUGUGCCGGCGCAUGCUCACGCCGGAGAUCCAGUAUCUGAUGGACCUGGGCGUCAACCUGUGGAUCACCAAGCUCUGGAAGUUCAUCCGGGACUUCCUGCGGUGGUGACGCCGGGCCCCCCGCCGAGGAGGGCCCGGCGGGGGUCCCGCCGGCCACCCCCCUGCGGCCCCUCCUGGUGCCACCCCAGUCCCUGGGGUGAGGUGGGGCUGUUCGCAGGGGUGCGACCAGCCAAGGACUGGGCCCACCGCACACAGGGCCUAAUUGAGAUCAGUAUUUGACUAAUUAGAGUUGUUAUUUUAAAUUAAAUCCCCCUACCCUUCCCCCCAAAAGAAUGUUCUAUUUUCUGGCUCCCCUUAAAGGGGAGACUUCAGAAGUAAAAGAAUUUGAUGUGUUUUUGUUAAUCAG